AGUCGCGCUUGCCUCUUCGGCGGUACCUCCUCGCAGAGGUCCCGCCCGAGCUGAGGUGGGAAGGCUCCCCCCGCCACCCCCCAGCUAAGAGCCGGCGGCGCUUCUCGGCACCCUCCAGUCACCGCCCGGGGGAUGACAGCGGCGCCCUCGGCUGCUCAGCGAAGCCCCCGCGCCCUCCUCGCCGCCCCCGCGCCCUGGCACCAUGGACACCUCCUCGGCGGCGGCCACAGCUGCCCGCGCGCUGCUGCUCCUCACUUUGCUGCGGCUGGACGCGGCGCCUGCCAAAGGCUCGGGCGGCGCGGCGGGGAAGCGACAGAGGAGCUGCCCGGCCGCCUGUCACUGUGAGCCCGACGGGAUGCUCGUGCGGGUGGACUGUUCGGACCUGGGCCUGACGAGCGUGCCCGCCAACCUCAGCGUCUUCGCCUCCUACCUUGAUCUCAGUAUGAACAACAUCUCAAAGCUACCCUCAAGCUCUCUGCACAAUCUCCGCUUCCUAGAAGAGCUCCGUCUAGCAGGAAACGGCUUGGCACACGUCCCCAAAGGAGCAUUUGCUGGGCUUUUCAGUCUUAAAGUGCUAAUGCUACAGAACAAUAUGCUACGGCAAGUUCCAGCUGAGGCACUCCAGAACCUGCACACCCUUCAGUCUCUACGUCUGGAUGCUAACCACAUCAGCUUUGUGCCCCCCAACUGUUUCAACGGCUUGAUUUCACUCAGACACCUGUGGCUAGAUGACAACUCUUUGACAGAUAUUCCAGUGCAAGCUUUCAAGAGUUUGCCAGCCCUUCAGGCAAUGACACUGGCACUGAAUAAAAUACACCACAUUCCAGAUUACGCUUUUGGAACUCUCUCCAGUUUAGUAGUUCUACAUCUCCAUAACAAUAGAAUCUACUCCCUGGGAAAGAAAUGCUUUGAUGGUCUCCACAGCCUAGAAACUUUGGAUUUAAAUUACAACAAUCUGGAUAAAUUCCCCACCUCUGUCAGAGCUCUCAGAAGCUUGAAAGAACUGGGGUUUCAUAGUAAUAAUAUCAAGUCAAUACCUGAGCAAGCAUUUGUGGGCAAUCCAUCACUUGUAGCAAUCCAUUUCUAUGACAAUCCUAUUCAGAUUGUGGGAAAGUCUGCUUUUCAGCAUUUGCCUGAACUCAGAACCUUGGCUUUAAAUGGUGCUUCACAGAUAACAGAGUUCCCUGAUCUGACUGGGACAACAAGUCUGGAAAGCCUCACCCUAACAGGAGCCCAGAUCACCUCUCUUCCUGAAACAGUCUGUGAUCAGCUCCCUAACCUUCAAGUACUAGAUCUGUCCUAUAAUAAACUGGAAGACUUGCCCCUUUUUACUGCCUGUGAAAAACUUCAGAAAAUUGACUUGCACCACAAUGAAAUCUACAAAAUCAAAGCAGGCACGUUUCAACAGCUGGUUGCCCUGCGUUCACUGGAUUUGGCUUGGAACAAAAUAGCAACCAUUCCUGCCAAUGCAUUCUCCUCUUUACAGUCCCUAAUUAAACUGGAUCUGUCAGCCAACCUUUUGUCCUCUUUUCCUGUAACUGGCCUCUAUGGUUUAACUCAUCUAAAAUUAACAGGAAAUCAUGCACUGCAAAGUUUGAUAUCAUCUGAAAACUUUCCAGAACUCAAGGUGAUAGAAAUGCCUUAUGCUUAUCAGUGCUGUGCCUUUGGAGUGUGUAACAACUACUAUAAAAUCCAAAAUCAGUGGAACAAAGAUGAGAACAGCAGUGCUGAUGAAUUACAGAGAAAAGAUGCUGGCAUAUUCCAUGUUCAUGAUGACUUUGAGGAUUUUCUUCUAGAUUUUGAUGAAGAUUUGAAACCUCAUCAUUCAGUGCAAUGCUCUCCCUCUCCAGGACCCUUCAAACCAUGUGACUACCUAUUUGGCAGCUGGUUGAUCCGAAUUGGAGUUUGGACCAUAGUGUUUCUGGCCAUCACAUGCAAUGCACUGGUGCUUGCGACUGUCUUCAGAUCUCCGUUUUUUAUUUCCUCCAUAAAGCUAUUGAUUGGACUCAUAGCCAGUGUGAAUAUGCUCAUGGGCACAUCUAGCAGUGUGCUUGCCAGUGUGGAUGCAUUCACCUUUGGAGUCUUUGCUCACUAUGGUGCUUGGUGGGAAGCUGGUGCUGGUUGCCACACCGUUGGCCUUCUCUCCAUCUUUGCUUCAGAAGCUUCCAUUUUUUUGCUCACUUUAGCAGCCCUUGAGCGCAGUUUCUCUGUGAAACAUGCCACAAAGUUUGAGACAAAGUCCCCCCUUGCUGGCAUGAGGAUAGCCAUGUUCUUUUGCUUUAUGUUGGCUUUCAUCAUGGCAGUGAUUCCGGUGCUUGGGGGGAAGGAGUAUGGGGUUUCUCCCCUCUGCAUACCGUUGCCAUUUGGGAAGCCCACUGCUGUGAGUUACAUGGUAGCACUAGUCUUGUUGAAUUCUCUUUGUUUUCUUGUUAUGACAAUAGCUUAUACAAAACUCUAUUGUAGUUUGGAAAAGAGAGAAUUGGACAAUAUUUGGGAUUGUUCAAUGGUGAAGCACAUAGCCUUGUUGCUUUUUGCUAACUGCAUUCUCUAUUGCCCUGUGGCAAUCUUAUCAUUUUCUUCCUUGUUAAACCUUACUUUUAUUAGUCCAGAAGUAAUUAAACCAAUACUCCUAGUGAUUGUCCCUCUCCCUUCUUGUGUAAACCCACUACUUUACAUGCUUUUCAAUCCCCAUUUCAAGGAAGACCUUGGAAACCUUCGAAAACAGACCUUUAUAUGGAAGGUGUCGAAGCAUGCCAGUAUGGUCUCUGUUAACUCAGAGGAUGCAGAAAAACAGUCAUGUGAUUCAACACAGGCUCUAGUAACCCUUGCAAGCCCUAGAAUAGCCUACAACAUUUCUACCAAUAAUCCACUAGUGCCACCAUCUUAUCAGAUGUCAGAAAGCUGUAACCUUUCAUCCGUAACUUAUGUCCCAUGUCAUUAGCUUCAAAAGGUACCCAAAUUUACAAAGUUCUCAAUCCAAAGUCAAGUUAAUUUGCAUGCAUUUGUUUUGCAAAGAAAAAAUGAAUUGUUUACUUCUAUUAUACAUGUUAGAUGACAAAGAACAUUAGAAACCUAAAACUGCAAUUCAUACCAUCUCAGUAUGUUCUGAACAGACACAUGAACACACAAUUCAAAUAUCGUUAAAGAAAAGGUUAAGAACUUGUUUUGAGCAUUGGCCCAGUUGCUUAAGUGGGAAUAAAAAACUAGCAAGCAAAGAGGUGAGUUCCAAAGAAAGGACUAGAACCCCCCUACCUCCUGGAAUUUUUCACCAUCUUUCUGGAAUUUAUCACCAUAAUAAUGAAACUUCCAAUAAGCUGAUUUCAGUAAGAGGGAUUCCAGAUAUUAGGAGGGAUCUCACUACAUAAAAUUUUGGAGGAUUACAAAAAAAUGUACUUAUCCUAGUUAUUAUACAAGAUAUUUGCAUCACGCACAGAUGAUCUUGUUUGUGUGUGUGUGUGUGGAAGAUAAGGACACAGCUGCUAUUUAAACAAUUUAAGUGGAUCCAAGUAACUGAACAUAUCAGUUAUGACUGCACCUGAUACUGGCUCAACUUGUUAGCAUCCAAAGUGCAACCUUACUCUGAGAAGCCUAUUGACAUUGCUAGAAAGGCUUGGAAAUGCUGCUUGGAAUAUUGUGGGAAAGGAGAUCUGAAUUAUUUUUAAUUUCCUGCUGCCUGAAUUUACUUUGCUGACACAUGUAUCAUUGGGAAAGAAAAUGAAAAAAAGGCAGAAACUAUGUAUACAUCAAAACAAAACAGCUAUAUAUUAUUCUGUUCCUUUAUCUCUGUUUUUCAAGCAAUGCCGCAUACGUCUGGAGAGAUUCCUAAAACCACUUUGGAUUAAACAAGAGAUCAUCUGAUGGUUGCACAAUACUUAUUACCAUGUUUGUUUAGCUUUAUUUUAACAGUGGUUCAGUUAUGGAGUGCUGCUUAAUGUCAGUGAAACAGCCCCUCACAUUUGCAUUUGUAUACAAGUUUAAGUAAACGAAUAAGCCUGAAAGCUGGCUUGAGAAAGAUGCCUUAAUUUAAAAAUUAUUUUUUAAAAGAUAAACUCCAGAUCAUAAAGGUUGCUAUGCAUAUUAUUUUUAUACACAUACUCAAGAGCUUUGAUUCAGAUACUUUAAACUUGGAAAUGUUAACAUUCAUUUUACAGAAGCUUUUAAAAAUUACAAUUUGUAAAUAUGGAACUGUAUUUAUUAUUACAGUAAAACACUAAAAAUAAGAAUAAGACAUGUACAGUAUCAUACUAUUUGUUGUAUUUUCUACACAUUUAUUUGACUAAAUUCAGUAUCUGUAUAUAAUAUAUGUAAAUGUGUAGUGAUUGUAAAUAGAUGGUGUGCUCUCUUUUCUACCGGUGUUUCAAAUAUAUGUAAUUUGUAAUAAAAUCUGCAGAAAAAAUA